CCCCCUGUGUUGAGCACCGACGGCCAACUUUUCCCUUUCGUCGACUGCCAGCACAGCACAGCACAGCACAGCAACAAGCAACUUGUGACUGCGAUUCAUCGGGCUCUUGUAUUCAUACCUCGUCACUCUUGUAUCAAUUGUAAUAUCCAGCUGCCCUUCAAAAUGAGAUCAACGCUUCUUCGACCCCUCCUACCCCGCUAUAACCUCUGCUCCCCCGUCCCGAGAUCCUUCUCUCUUCCACAACUUGCAUCUUCUUCCAACCCUUUCCGAGCCUCUCGAUUUUUCUCAGCCACAACCGCAAUCAUGGGCAACAAGGUUUACUUCGAUAUUGAGUGGGAGGGCCCCGUCAUGCAGGGCGGCAAGCCGACUACUACCGUCAAGGCCCAGUCUGGCCGCAUCAACUUUGAACUCUACGACGACGUUGUCCCCAAGACCACUGAGAACUUCCGUGCUCUCUGCACCGGCGAGAAGGGCUUCGGCUACGCCGGCUCCAAGUUCCACCGCAUCAUCCCCGAGUUCAUGCUCCAGGGCGGUGACUUCACCCGCGGCAACGGCACCGGCGGCAAGUCCAUCUACGGCGAGAAGUUUGCCGAUGAGAACUUCACCCGGAAGCACACCAAGCCUGGCCUGCUGUCCAUGGCCAACGCUGGUCCCAACACCAACGGCUCCCAGUUCUUCAUCACCACCGUCGUGACCUCGUGGCUCGACGGCCGCCACGUCGUCUUUGGCGAGGUCGCUGAUCAGCAGUCUUUGGACGUGGUCAAGGCUCUUGAGGCUACUGGCUCCGCCAGCGGCACUGUUAAGUACAAGCAGCCGCCCACCAUUGUCAAGUCUGGUCAGCUGUAGGCUGUGUAGCAUCUCUGUAUCGGGGACCCCUUGGUCAAUGGAGGCACGCGAAGACGGCAACACACUGAGCUUUCGUACGAGGGCUUGGUAGUCACCUUGACACACCUGACGCCGCAAUAAAAGUUGACUUCUGAAGCCACUUGUUGUUCCAAAUUAUUUUGAUCGUGUCUCGUAGCAGUACAAUGUCGGCAAGCCCCGAAUGACGGCAAUACUGUAUGUACUGCGAUGC